CCAGAGCAGUCAGGGCGGUGAUGGCGGCGGCUGCGGCUACCGCGGCAGUGGCGGCCCCGGUGCCGGCGGCCCGCUCGGAAGGCGCCUCCUCAGUGCACUGGUUCCGCAAGGGGCUGCGGCUCCAUGAUAACCCGGCGCUGCAGGCGGCCGUGCGCGGGGCGCACUGUAUGCGCUGCGUUUACAUCCUCGACCCUUGGUUCGCGGCCUCCUCCUCAGUCGGGAUCAACCGAUGGAGGUUCCUACUUCAGUCUCUGGAAGAUUUGGACACAAGUUUAAGGAAACUGAACUCCCGCCUCUUUGUAGUCCGGGGACAGCCGGCUGACGUGUUCCCAAGGCUGUUCAAGGAAUGGGGGGUGACCCGCCUGACCUUUGAAUAUGACUCUGAACCCUUUGGGAAAGAACGGGACGCGGCCAUCAUGAAGAUGGCCAAGGAGGCUGGUGUGGAGGUGGUGACUGAGAACUCUCAUACUCUCUAUGACCUGGACAAGAUUAUUGAGCUGAACGGGCAGAAGCCGCCCCUUACCUACAAGCGCUUUCAGGCCAUCAUCAGCCGCAUGGAGCUGCCCAAGAAGCCCGUGGGCUCUGUGACCAGCCAGCAGAUGGAGGGCUGCAGGGCCGCAAUCCAGGAGAACCACGAUGAGACCUAUGGCGUGCCCUCCCUGGAGGAGCUGGGAUUCCCCACUGAAGGACUCGGCCCAGCUGUUUGGCAGGGAGGAGAGACGGAAGCCCUGGCCCGCCUGGAUAAGCACCUGGAACGGAAGGCCUGGGUUGCCAACUAUGAGAGACCCCGCAUGAAUGCCAACUCCCUGCUGGCCAGCCCCACGGGCCUCAGCCCCUACCUGCGCUUCGGCUGCCUCUCCUGCCGCCUCUUCUACUACCGCCUGUGGGACCUGUACAAAAAGGUGAAGCGGAGCAGCACACCCCCGCUCUCCCUGUUUGGGCAACUCCUGUGGCGAGAGUUCUUUUACACGGCGGCCACCAACAACCCCAGGUUUGACCGCAUGGAGGGCAACCCCAUCUGCAUCCAGAUCCCCUGGGAUCGCAACCCCGAGGCCCUGGCCAAGUGGGCCGAGGGCAAGACAGGCUUCCCUUGGAUUGACGCCAUCAUGACGCAACUGAGGCAGGAGGGCUGGAUCCACCACCUGGCCCGGCACGCUGUGGCCUGCUUCCUCACGCGCGGGGACCUCUGGGUCAGCUGGGAGAGCGGGGUCCGGGUGUUCGAUGAGCUGCUCCUGGACGCAGACUUCAGCGUGAACGCAGGCAGCUGGAUGUGGCUGUCCUGCAGUGCUUUCUUCCAACAGUUCUUCCACUGCUACUGCCCGGUGGGCUUUGGCCGCCGCACGGACCCCAGUGGGGACUACAUCAGGCGAUACCUGCCCAAGUUGAAAGGGUUCCCCUCUCGAUACAUCUACGAGCCCUGGAAUGCCCCAGAGUCGAUUCAGAAGGCAGCCAAGUGCAUCAUUGGUGUGGACUACCCACGGCCCCUCGUGAACCACGCCGAGACCAGCCGGCUCAACAUUGAGCGGAUGAAGCAGAUUUACCAGCAGCUCUCUCGCUACCGGGGACUCUGUCUGCUGGCCUCUGUCCCUUCCUGCAUGGAAGACCUCAGCAACCCAGUGGCAGAGCCCAGCUCGAGCCAGGCUGGGAGCACGAACAGUGCAGGCCCAAGACCACUGCCCAGUGGCCCAGCGUCCCCCAAACGCAAGCUGGGAGCAGCGGAGGAGCCGCCGGGGGAAGAACUCAGCAAACGGGCCAGGGUGGCAGGGUUGCCUCACUCGGAGCCGCCGAGCAAGGAUGCCUGAGACUGCAGUGCCGUGACUCUGUGAGCGAAGCCGGGGUGCCCGAGCAGCCACCGUGGCAGCAGAGCGCAGCCUGCAGAACAGCUGAUCACCUCCAGAGAUGGAGCAAGCGUGUGCGUGUGUGUGCGUGUGCCGAGGAAGGAGCGGCCCCGCCUGUUUGCGUGUGCGUGCGUCUGUUUACACUCCUGUGGUUCCCAACACUGCCUGGGC